AAUUCCGAUUACAAUAGGAGAUAAGCCGGUGUUUGGUAGUACUGUAAUGGUAAUAACACUACAAUAGUAGUAGUUAUUGUUGCAGUAAAGUUGCUCUGCACUGUGUAGGGAUAUUCGCUUCUGGUUUUGUUUGGCAUGCACAUUGUUGCAUCUUGCAUUCCGUGUUCAUUGUGAACCAAUUAUAUCAUAUUUUGAAGACGAGUUGACCGUCGCGAGUGUGAGUACUCGACAACAUUUGAUUUCGUCAUUCGUGAGUUACUCGUCGUCGUUCGUCCUCAGAGUGAUUUUCUGGCGUCCCAUUCGAGUUUUCAACUUCGCGACGAUGACCGCCGCCAUCCAACUGAUUUUCGGUUUAUUCCUGCUCAAAUCUGCCACAGCGUUAUUGCCGAUACGCGAGUACUACUCGUCCGGCGAUCAAACACAACGUAAUUAUUAUCGAYAUCACCUUUAUUUUAUUCUUGGGGUCCAUGUAUUSUUCCUACYUAUWGACAUGUCAAUUGUCAUUUUCACUUGGUUACGUUUCAUUGCAACAAUGUUUUGCGAAGUUUUAAUGAUACUUGUAAAAGCUUUGGUAGACUGUAGUUGGGGUUUUGGCAAUAAUGGAUGUGAUGGCGGAGAAGAUUUUCGUGCUUAUUCUUGGAUUGAGAAGCAUGGCUUACCAACUGAAGACGAGUAUGGACCAUACCUUUCUCAGGAUGGUUUCUGUCAUAUAGCUAACAUAUCAAAUGGUGAUCUUACGAAAAUUACUGGUUUUGUGAAUGUAACAAUGUAUGAUGAAGAAGCAUUAAAAAUUGCUUUAGUCAAUGAAGGUCCAAUUUCUAUUGCUAUUUAUGCUUCACUAAAAACAUUUGCCUUCUACUCGGAUGGUGUUUACUAUGAUAAAGAUUGCCGUAAUAGUCCAUCUGAGUUGAAUCAUGCUGUGUUGUUGGUGGGCUAUGGUACAUUAAAUGGCCAUCCAUACUGGCUGGUGAAAAACUCAUGGUCAACUCACUGGGGUAAUGCUGGUUAUAUACUUAUAUCUCGUAGGGAUAACAAUUGUGGUGUUCUCACUAGUCCAACAUAUGUUAUUUUGUAGACUUUUGUUUAAGAUUUUAACAUUCUAUAUUGUCAUUUAUUGAUUUAAUUAUAAUUUAAAUUUAUAAGUCUGAGUGUAAAAUAUAUUAAUUAUAUUACUUUUACAAC